AAAUAAAUUUAGUUACGUAUUGCGCUAUGUACAUAUCUAGAUUAAAUUAUAUAUAAUUAUAUACAUAUAUUACCUGGUUAUAUACCUAAUCAAAUCUACCUCUGUAUAUUAUAUUGUAAAUAUUAUUAAAUAACAAUGUAAUGCACAAUUACACAGCCUCCAAGUGAUGAAGUAUAGUAAUACCAAUUAGAUAUCUACUACGAAUGAAAUAGUACUAUUAAAUUAAAUAAUAGGUACCUACUUCUGUGAAACAAUAGAUAUGUGUAACAAAGCAGCUAAAGUUGCUGAACUCUUUACUAAAACAAUUGCUACUACUAAAUGUUUUGAUCAAAACUUACGUAAGUUGAAGGUUGUAUGCUGCACAAAUGGAAAACUAGUAACAGAGUUUCAGGUAGGCCCUGAACAUUUGAAUCAAAGAGGAACUCUUCAUGGAGGUUUCAUAUCUCAUCUUGUUGAUGCUAUAUCUACCUAUGCAUUAACUACAAAUGAAAAAAUUGAAACAAGAGGUGUAUCAAUUGAUCUCAGUAUAAGUUACAUGAGUGCAGCCAAAGAGGGUGAUUAUGUUGAAGUUGAAGCGCUAACUAAAAAAUUAGGAAAGAAAAUUGCAUUCUUAGAAGUUGAAGUUAGAAACAAAAACAAUAAUGAAGUAUUGGCGACAGGCAGACACACCAAGUACAUUGGCAUUUAAUUAUUAAAUAUGCUGUAAUAACUAAAAAAUCAAUACUGAAGAAAUGAAAAUAGUAGUGAAAAUUAUUAAAUAUGUUAAUUUUUUAUGGACUUAAGUAAAUAACUAAAAAUCUUGAUAUAA